AUGCGUCGCCCCGCCAUUGUUGUCAUCCUGUUGGCGGCUGCUACCGCAGCCGCCGCGGCUGCCGCGGACCCCGUAUGCCUUGACAUUGCCUGGAACACGCUCGCCCGCUCGGGCCUGCCCUACGGCUCCGGGGUCUGGGGGGCCGCCACGGCCAAGGACGGCAAGAAGGUCCUGGAGGUGGUCGCCAGCACCAGCGCGAUCCCUUCCAUCGCAACCUCCGAGCUGUCCUUCAACCCCAUCGGCGCUGUGCCCGCCACCUGGGCGGCGCCCACGGGGUUCAAGGCGACCGCGCUGAACAGCGUCUCUCCUGACUUCAUCUCGUUCCACACGAAGAACGGCAAGACCUUCGCUUUCAACCACUUUGAGUACCCCCAGCCCAGCAAGAUGUAUGUGUCAGAGCUGUCCAAGCCUGACGCUAAGGGCAAGAUCACUGUGGUCAACACCAAGCCCCUCGACGACACCAAGGACGACGGUCUCAUCUUCAUGUGCAGUGGGACAAUGACUCCCUGGGGCUCGCACCUGGGUGGCGAGGAGUACGCCCCUGACUGCCGCCUGUACGAGCAGACGUUUGCCAAGUGUGUCACCCCCUCUGAGGCCACCCAGUGCGGCAUGGCCGCCGGCGACAGCCUCAGUACUCUGAACCUCGUGGAGUUUGCCAGGUACUACGGCCUCUACAGCGCCGUUGCCAAGUACAACCUUGCCUCCGUCGACAUCCUGAACAACCAGGCUGCUCAUGACAAGUUUGUUGAGCUUUACAAGUGCUACAACUAUGGUUCCAGCCCUGAGGCCAAGCUGGUCAGCUCUACAGGCACCACCUCCCUCACGAAGUGGCGUACUCUGGGCCGCAUGUCCCAUGAGACAGCGCUGGUGAUGCCUGACAGGAAGACUGUCUACUCCACGGACGACCACCCCAACGGCGUGUGGCUCAAGUUUGUGGCCGACAAGAAGCAGAAGCUGGACUCUGGCUCCCUGUACGCCGCCAAGCUCAAGAGCCAGCGCGUGGAGAACGGCAAGCCCACCUGGGACCUGGAGUGGAUCCUGCUGGGCAAGGGCAACCAGGCGGCCCUUGAAACCAUCGCCGAAUCCAACAUGAAGUUCAGCGACAUUUUUGAGGUCGCCACCCCUACCGGCUCACCGCCCGCUUGCCCCACGGGCUUUACGGCAGCCGCCACAGCCAUCAACUUCGCCCGCGUCACCGUCAACAGCACUAACUACUUCAUUGAGUGCCUCAAGGUGGGUUGA